UGAAGCUCGUCUAACUAUCUCAUGAACAAAUCGAGAAGAGUAUAGAUCAAAAACUGAAAGAAGGAUCAAGUGUGAAGAUGACGACAGAGAAACUGAUUCUCAGUAUUCCAGAUUUUGCUAUUUUAGCAAUCACGUUAUUGAUAUCUGCAUCUAUUGGGAUCUAUUUCCGAUUCUCAGGAAACAAACAAAAGACUAAUGAAGAAUAUCUUCUAGCAGGCAAAGACAUGUCCAUACUUCCUGUUGCCGUUUCUCUGAUGGCUACAUAUUUUUCAGCUAUCACGUUGAUGGGAAUGCCUGCUGAAAUAUACCUGUAUGGUACGAACAUGACCUUCUUGAACAUUGGAUUUUUUCUUGGACCAGCAAUUGCUGCAUAUCUAUUCAUUCCUAUAUAUUUUAGAGCUGGAAUUUCGACGGCAUAUGAAUACUUGGAAAAACGAUUUGGUAGAUCAACAAGAACGUUGUUAUCAUCAUUAUAUGUGAUUCAAAAUAUAAUGUACACUGCUGUAGCUCUGUAUGCUCCUGCUUUAGCUCUGAAUGCAGUGACCAGCAUAUCCCUUGAAAUAUCUAUCGUUUCGAUUGGUUUUGUUUGCACAUUUUACAGCGCAAUGGGUGGCAUGAAGGCAGUUUUAUGGACAGAUGUCUUUCAAACUAUUCUAAUGUACGUAUGUCUCCUUACUAUAGUUAUAAAGGGUUGUUUGGACUUGGGUGGAAUAACGCAAGUCUUUCGCAUAGCUCACGAUGGAGGUAGACUCGUUGUCCCUAAGUUUUCCUUUAAUCUUGAGUCUCAUUAUACGAUGAUAAGUGUUGUCGCUGUAGCGUUAAUUCGCACAACAGGGGCCUACGCUGUGAACCAGGAACAAGUACAAAGGAUUAUGACACUAAGAAAUAGCAAACGAGCAACUAUAGCCAUAUUGCUUAGCGUACCGAUAUUUGUCACCUUUAAUUUGCUAUGUUGCUUAUGCGGUCUUAUUUUCUACGCUUACUUUCGAACUUGUGAUCCUUUGACGUCACCUGAUAAACCUAUUCAAGCCGCAGAUCAGAUAAUACCUUUUUAUAUUGCAACUGCGCUGAAUGCAUAUCCAGGACUUCCCGGUCUGUGUAUUGCUGGCAUCUUCAGCGCCUCAUUGAGUUCAAUAUCAUCACAGUUGAAUGCCUUUGCAGCUGUUAUGACGGUGAAUUUCAUUAAACCUGUGUGGCCCAACCUCAGCAAGUCCGUCUUAUUAACCAAAACACUAUGUAUCUUGGAUGGAAUAUUGUGCAUAACAUUGUCGUUUUUUAUUAAUUCCAUUGGAAACCUUAUCAAAACUACUAUAAUUGUUGUAGGAACAAUUGUAGGCCCAAAUUUGGCCGUUUUUCUUUUGGGAUGCCUUACAACGACAGCCAAUGAAGAGGGUGUCAUUCUUGGUGUAGUUGCAGGUCUUGCUGUAUCUUCCUAUUUAAAUUUCGGCCCAGCUCUUUCUACAUAUCCAAGACUUCCUUUCUCGAACGAAUGCCAUUACCAGAAUUUCACGUCAAAUGUGACAAAUACUCCAUACAUUACACCACCUCCGACUAUUGAUCCCUUAAAUACUCAUGAUCCCAGUCAUGAGGAUUCAUUUCGGUUGUCUUAUUUAUGGAUAAUUCCCUUUGCGACGGUUACCUGUUUAAUCAUUAGUUACAUUAGCAGUUUCAUUGUACGCUGUUUUCGUGAUAAACCAGAUGUUCCUACAAAAUAUAUGACACCAAUACGCUGUUGUUUUUCUGAACACGUAUCGCAAAAGAAAAUUUCAAAGAAGUUUACCCCAUUACUUAAUGAGGAAAUAAAUUUUCAGAUGCUAGAAACAGCAACUAUCACGUCCUGAAAAGAAAAUGGCAAAUCUGAUUAGUUACAUAAUUCUUCUUUAAAAUUUUUACGUGAUGAGUUUGGCGGAUAUAGAACUUAUCGUAGGACAUUUUUGCACCUUAUGCAUUGAACCAUAUCUAUUUACUAUUGAAGAUUUAAUUUUUGAAUAAAUUACUAUUGUAUUAA